AUGAAGACCACCACCUCUUUCUUCGCCUACCUCCUCGCCGCCUCGGCCUCCACCGUCUUUGCGGCCGCCAUUCCCCGCUCCAACAGUUUCUCGCCCGUCCAGCAGGCCAAGGCUGCUCUCGAUGACGUCUCUGGCAACGUUCCCGUCGCGGGCCACUAUGUGCAGCAGGUGAAGGACAUCGUUCCUCCGGUUGAUGGGGCUUCUGAGGUUCCCACUUCCGCUCACGCCGCCGCCGCCCCCGCUGACGCUGCCGCCCCUGCUGCCGAGGACGAUUUCGCUGCUCCCUUUGCCGACUUUGCCGACGCUGCCCCUGGCGUCCCCGCUGCUAGUGUCCCCGCUGGCGCCGCCACCCCUGCUAAUGCCGCCGCCGCUCCGGCCGAGGCCGCCGACAAGGUCAACGAUGGCGAGAAGGCCGCGCCCGAGGCGCCCUCCGCGCCUUCCGCCCCUUCCAUCCCCACCAUCCCUACCACGGCUGAGGUCGCCGGCAAGGUCGACGAUGCCGCCAAGGCCGUCACGCCCGAGGGUGCCUCUGUCCCCUCCGUUCCCGCUGAAGCCGCCGGCAAGAUCGUUGAUGACGCCAAGGCCGCUGUGCCUCAGGGUUCCUCCGUCCCUGCCGCCGCCUCCGGUCCCGUUGAGGCCGCCGGCAAGAUCAUUGAUGACGCCAAGGCCGUCAUCCCCGAGGGUGGUUCCGUCCCUACCGCCGACUCCGUCGGUGAAGCCGCCGGCAAGAUCGUUGAUGACGCCAAGGCCGCCGUGCCCCAGGGUUCCGCUGUUCCUGCCGCCGUCUCCGCCCCCGCUGAGGCCGCCGGCAAGAUCAUUGAUGACGCCAAGGCCACCGUGCCCGAGGGUUCCUCUGUCCCUUCUGUCCCUUCCGUCCCUUCCCUGGUUGACGCCGCCGCCGAAAAGGUCAACGAUAGCGCCAAGAACAUCGCGCGCGGUCUUGCCGGUCUCCCCUCCCUCAACGACGCUCCUCUCGGGGGCGAUGUCGUCAACCAGGUCGGCAAGAUCGUCGAUAACACCGCUGGAAAGAUUGCGCGCCGUCUUGCCAACCUCCCCACCAUCAACGGCGCUCCUGUCGGGGGCGAUGUCGUCAAACAGGUCGAGAAGAUCGUCAAUGACGCCACUAAGAAGAUUGCGCGCGAUCCUGCCGGCCUUCCCUCCAUCAACGGCGCUCCUCUUGGGGGUGAUCUCGUCAACUCUGUCGGCGGGCUCCUCGAUAGCGUCAAGGGCGGCGUGCCCGUCCUCAACUCCCUCGGCGGCGGUCACCGCGUUUAA